UUCCACGUCUCAUAACAUGAACUUUGUAGCUUACACUAGUGAAUGAAAAUCAACAGUAUGAGUGUAGCAACUCCUGUAAAAGGCAACUAAGAGGAACAUUUUAAAGGGAGAGAAAGACAGAGAUGGAGUAAGUCAGAGAAAGGGGGAUAGAGAAAGUAGGGAUAGAGAUAGACACAGAGAAAAAGUGAAAGAGAGACAUGCCAAGGCAGGGGGGUGUGGAAGUGUUGCUGUACCUGUAUCGUAUGUGACAGAGCUUUACCAGUCAUUACCACCAUCAGUCAGUGAAGACAGCCCUCCAAAUACUAGAGACCGGUUACACUGCAGCAUGGCUCCAGUCGGGAUGCAGGUGCUGGGCUGGGCGGCCGUGAGCUCACUAUCCCCGGAGUUCAUCCUCGCAUCCCUGAUCGGUCUCAUCGCGCUCAUAAAACUCCUUGCCGUCUGCACAGAGUGCAACAGAAGUGGUUUUGAUGUGGAAGAGCGCACUCAAGUAAAGAGAUCCCCAUCGACUCUGAUACGGGUGGUUCAAAUGGAGGAUGUGGCAAUGUCCAGAGAGAAUCCCAGUUUUGAAUACACAACAAAAGAUGAACAAGGUCCCAGUCCCACAAUCGAGAAUGGAUCCCUUCACAUGUCUGUUAGAUCUGGGGACGUGUGGUACACACCAUGGAGAAGCCAUACAAUUAAUCACCAAGAUCACCCGGGUGGCAUACUCAAUCAUGAGCCGAACCCAGCAGGCUCCAUUUCGGAAUCUCCGGCCAACAAUCGUCCCGGAAUUCCAACACCCUCUGGAGCGGCAACCAUCCCAUAUCGGGGGGAGGUGAACGCCCGCCCACCAGUCCCUCAACGGAUUUCAAGUCUCCCGGCAGAACACCCGACGGAGCACGUCCAGCCCCUCUGGCACUCAGAGAAACAGGAAGUCAACGGAGUCUUUCCGGAAGGUUCUGCCCUUUCCCUGCAUCAGCAGCGGAUCAAAGCCCCGCACACCUACGAGAGCCUGGAAGACAUGGAGGCCGCCAUCACCGAGGAGACGGAAAGUUCCGGCUACCACACUGUGGAAGAGCUCAACGCUUCAACGCCUCAUGCGUCCGACCACUCAGAUGUGCUGUCUGUUCCCACCGCAUGUAAGGGGGUGGAGGAUGGAAUGAUGGGCAUGGGACUGAAUGGUAUGUAUGCCCAGGUGAGCAAGAGAUACAAGGACCCCACCCAGCCACUGACAGUCUGGGGAGAGCCUGUUCCACUGCCCCAACUACCGCUGGAGGAAGAGGAGGAGCCUGCUCCACCAGUCCCAUACAGGAACUUGUAGUACAAGAUGUCGGAAUCCAUUUUGACAACUGGAAGUUAUAUACAAUAUCAACACACAUGCAUUAUUAUUAUUAUUACAGAAUGGUAAGGCUGAGAGUAACAUAUGUAUACACACUUGAAUUCAUGUGAAAAUGUAUUUAAAUACUGUUAAACGUUGCCUUUCUCCGCAUUUUGGAAUAGAUACAGAUUGCUGCUGUACAUUUUCACAUUUGUACACAGUCAAAUCUUUUCUCAGGCAAUUCCCAGUUACAUGUCGACCAUACAUCAUUGCUGAAUCAAUUAUUUAAGAUGGGACAGACUUUACAUUCUUGUAAAAUAGACUAAAUCUCAGCGUCCAAGUUUUAUCCGAUUAUUGUGUUCUGUUUUUCUUGUCACGGUUGUGUCUUCUGGCACAACAAGUAUUGGUUUUCCAACCAAAACAUGGAUUAUUAGACCAUUAAAACAGGGUAAAGUGUGAUCCAUUUCCCCUCCGCCAAACAAUGUCCUGUCUUGUUUCUAGUUGAAAGUAUGCCAACUGCACUGGCUUGUCAGAACAGCCCAAUCCCUUUAAAUGAGCACUUUUCCCACCACCAGGGUGUAUCUUUAUUUGCUGCCAUGGUGUUGAUUUACUGACACCACAUUUGUUCACUGUCCCCAGCACAGGCAGUUUGGCACUGUCCCAGGUCCGAGUUGCAUCAUACUAUAUGAGCUGUCGAAUGUCUGAAAUGCAUUUGAACAUUUCAGACAUUUAGACAUUCAGUAACACAAUGCCCCACCUACAGUCAUGGAGUCAUGGUUGAAGCGAUAAGCCAUGAGAACCUGUGGUUUUUUAUGUAAUAUUACAAAUAAAUCUGUUUACAAUAUAUGCAGUAACUGGAAUAGCAUAGUUACGCAUGAUGAUAUUUUGUUCACACAAAAAAAUAUUUUUCUGAAUUGUGUAUCCAGUCAAAUACAUACACAGCAAAAUGGUCGGUUAAAUCAACUCUUACAGAUUAUAAUUUUAAUCAUUUCACUGUGUAUUUGAAAUGCAUGUUAAUAACCAGAUCUACCAACAUAUGAAGGAAGAAUAUUGUUCUCACUGUUGUCAAAAAUUUUGUUGUUGGUGGGGGUUUUUUUGGCAGCAGCAAUAACAGACAAAUAGGAAGAAUGGAGUCAGAAAAUGGCUUCUGCGAUAGGUCAGUGAAAACUGACUUACUGUAUCACUAGAGGCACAAUUUGGUUCUGCAUUAGGUCACUUUCCGGUUUAAAUGGGACUAUAUCUGAAUAAAACAUUUGCAUACAGAUCUUGGACCUCAGAUGUUUAAUCUGAUGUCUUUGCACAAAAUUCAAAGGCAUUCUUAAAGGAAUUAAGUUUUGUUUGUAAACUUAGCAGAAUUGCAUGUCACUCUGUACAGCACAGAAAACAGCAAUUUUAUAUUCUUCUUAACUUGUAUUGUUAUCUCCAAAUAGUUGCAGAUUGUCACCCCAUCACAAAGCCAGUGAUUCUUGAAACACCUGUAUAUAAUUUGUAUGAUGAAUGCAACUGCAUGAGUACAUUCAUGGCAUUCCAUAAUUUGAUUAUGGAUGGGAAAUUAAUUUGCUAAUUAUACAACAGACUUUUGAUUACUAAUCUUUCCAUGUUUUGAAAGCACUUGAUUUGAAAUUGUCUGAUUACUGGUACUUUUUAGUUUUCAUUCAUUGUCCCAAAUCAUUACUUACAAAAUAGAACAGUUAUAGAAAAUUUCCUAUAGCAUUCACAUAUAUGGCACUGUUACCUUAGUAGUUUCUGUGUAUGGUUGCAUUCAUCAGUAAAUGUUUAUUUGUCAAAAUGA